GCCGUGAACGCCGAGGCCAUCGAAAGAAGAAACUCUUGUUUACUUAAAUUCAAAUCUCAAUUGAAAGAGAAUUUUGGAAAACUUAAAACUAUUUUUCAUAGAUAUUUAUACUAUAUUAUACUUAUUUUGAUUGAGGAUAGUGAGGAUAUAGUUCUGCAGGAACAAGUGAGAUGAAGUGAUAUUCUUACCUUUUCCCAAUAACUUUGAAAAUGGAUCUCAAUGAAGCCAGAAAAGACUUGGAAGCCUGUCUGAAUGAAGAUCUUAAAAAGGAAUAUUUCAGUCUACUCCGCCAAUGGUUUCUCUUCACUGCCACCGUGACAAAAGAAGAAUUCGACAAGGGUGUUAGGAAGUUAUUAACUAGUGAGGAUCAAAUACGCUGUCACAAUCAUUUUCUUUUAGCGAUACUUACAAAAAUCAGUUCGAACAGCCGUCCAAAAGCUCCACGAAGCAACACUGAUAGAGGUAUUUUUGAAUGUGCUGACUAUGCUGAUUAUGUGCAGCCUUCAAGUCCAACGAUGACUCCCAGACCUGACUUUGAAAAUAGGAGUGCUGCAGCUGAGCUGUUUAUCCCAGACAGUGGAUUCAUUGCAUGCCGAGUAGCUAUUGCUGCUUGGGAGAACGGAAUGGAAGGAGCUGAAGAGAGUGUAACAGAACUGAUGGUCCAUGCAUGUCAGGUGUUUGUGAAGAAUUUAAUUACAGCUAUGAUCAGCAGAAAGAAAGGAUACAAAGUGCGUGAUAGAAAAUUUCAGUACGGUUUUAAUUUGCCCGUACCUGAUCCUUUCACCAGAAAUUUCAACAAUAUUAUCGAUGAUACUCAAGAGUCAAAAGUAGAAGUUGCCAACGGAGAUGAUACUUUCAGACCAAAAUGCAAAGUAUCACUGGAAAACAUGGAACAGCAAGUUGCGUUCUCAUAUUCUUGUGCUAAAAGAACUGCAUUCAACAAUACUUUGACUGUGAGACUUUUAUAUGAUACUAUCAGAGAAAAUCCGAAGAUUUUGGGGUUGCAUACCAUACAUAGUGUUAAUUUAUUCAGAUUAGGCUUAUUAUUAGAUGAAGAUUCUACAGAAUGACUGUAGUCAUAAGAU